ACCGUAGAAGUUCCCAAGGAGCAUGUUUUACGGUUAAUAUUUCCCAAGUUUUGCGAGGCUUUCCGAACUCUCCUCUUCUAAAAAAAAACAAAUCUCUCUUUCUCUAGUCUAGUCUUCCUAUGCGAAAGGACAAGCUAGGUACGCGGGAAGAAACUCGCAGAUCCCGAGAUCCAAAUUUACAAUUAUAGCCUUCACUGUUUCCGCUUCCAUUUUGGUUUCUGGGUCGUGUGUUCCUCACGACUUUAAUUAAAACUCUCUUCUGAGAAACAACACAACACAAUAACAGCCUCUCUCUCUCUCUCUCCUCAACAUCACGAUCACAUCACUCUCCUUCAAAUCCAAGUUACCCCAAAUAAAGAAGAAACAAUAACAUAACCAUUUAAAACAAAAACAAAAAUAUAUAUGAUAUGUGAUAUGUUCUAUAUUCCUUUCCUCCCAAUAAAAUUCAAAUAAGAAUAGUACACUACUAUUCCAUACAUACACGAUACACCAUACCUGCCUGCCCCUCUAUAUCUGUGUCUGUCCGGUUGUUUUGGUGCGCGUGUCCGCUCCUACUUCUUUGUUGGAUUCCUCCGCCCUCCAUUUUUGUUUACCGUGGACUCUUAUGAAAUUCUUCUUCAGCACCAUUCUCUGUUCUUCUCCUCCUUCAUUUUCAUGGACGCAAGUGAAUUGUGGUGGUGAAGAAUUGGUAUCACUGAGAGAUUUUGAUGGGGAAUGGUGACGAUUCCGGUUGUUUUUUCCCUCUAACCAGUUUGCAAAUUGGAGAUUUGCAGUCUUAUCAUUCAGAUCUUAGCCUUUUCCUGGCCAAUGAAAGCAAGAAAUUCUAUAUCUUGGUGGACAAUCGACCGGACCUAGGUUCACGACGAGCUCAAAUAUGGCAAUUAAUGGUUACCAAGUCAAGGUUAUCUCCUUUUGCAAACUCGAAAGCUCAGAGAGAGAGAAAGGAAGGAAAAGAGUCUUGUUCUAGAUCCAACUCUAGUAAAGCAGGGAUGAUUAAGAAAUGGUUUGCAGUGAUUGAUGCAGCAAGACUGUCUCGUAAGAGGGUUCUACCUGGAAAAAAUUUUCACCAUUCUUUGCGUGUUAGCAGUGAGUUGCAUAAAACCUUGUCUGGCUUUAUUGUCUUCGAAGUUUCAUGGAGCAAUGUUAGAGGUAUUAACUACUUAAAUGAGCUUCAGACUGAUACAUCUCUGGCUAUAGAGGCGAAAGUAAUGCUAAGAUGGGAAUUUGAUAGUAUAGCACGAGCAGCAAGCUGUAUAUCCUCAUGGUUCUCUGGAACGGCCUCUGAGCAGCUACUCUUGAAAGAGUAUCUGGAUUCUGCUAUAGGAGAAGUGUUCUAUGAUGCUGAAGAAACUUUAUUGGAGUCUAUCCCUAUUGAUGAUGAUGAUGAUAUUGUCUGCAAUGAUAAUGUGUGUGUUGAGGAUAAUUCUCUACACAGCAUUGGUGGUAACUUUAAUGUAUAUUCUGUUACUGAUCAAGAUAGAACAAGUGCAUUACACACGCCUCCUCCUCCCAUUGGGGCUUACAAAAGAAGAAAAGUAAUGAAGUCGAUUAGUGAUGGAGAACUUGAUAUUUUUUCUGAGCAAAUACAGAGAGGAAAUGAUGACUCGUUAGAGAACUUUGAAGAUGCAUUGGAAGCUACUGAGUACAGGGAUGUCUUGAUUUUGUCUAGGUUCAAUGACCGCGAUCUCCCAUUUAAACUACGGCAAAUAAUAAUGUCUGAUUUGCGGUUGCUUACCUUGUUGGAGGCUGGUCUUCCAUCUUGGGUUAUCUUCCUUCAGUCAUAUCCUGGGUUUUGCCACCUCUAUCGCCCGUGGAUGUGCCCUUUGGCGAGAGCUUUAUAUGUUCUUAUCUCAGUUGUCACUGUUCUCAUAGGAUUCUAUGAUUUAUACAAAAAUGUCCCAGUUCUCAAGGCAACUGCUUCUCGUUUGUGUGGGCCUCUUCUUGAUUGGAUAGAGACCUGGGAGAUGGUAUCAAGGAUCAAGUACUUGGGAACAAUGCUAUUUCUACAUAAUUUUGAGAAGGCUGUUACGUGGUUUCUUACAAUUACACGUACGAUUCGAUCUUUCCUUUCAGUUUGCACACAACCACUGGCAGAACCAUUUCUGGAUUUUUUUGAGAAUUUUCUUCCAAUGUGGAAUGUGCUUAUUGAAGUACUACAGAGCUUCUGUUCUGUCAUUUGGGUUGUGAUUGAGUCUUCCAUCAAUUUAGUGGAAAAUCUUGUAGAGAUUUUACUAUCUCCAUUAUGGUUUAGCCUCUCACUUGUCUGGAGUAUUGCAACAACAGUUUUAUAUCCUGUAUUUUGGAUCCUUUGGGAAUUACUUUAUGCUCCAAUUCGCAUGGUCCUUGCAUUAGCCAGUUUCAUAGCUUUCAUUUGUGUCAGCAUAUAUGAGAUGCUUCAAGAAGUAUGGCAGAUUGUUAGUAGCAUUUUCCAAGUUGCUUCAGCUACUGAGGCAACAGUGAGCACGUAUGAGAUUUCCAUGUGGCGUUCACUUUGGAAUGACCUUUUUUCCCAGGUUUUCCGAGCUGUCAGGAGUAUAUUAAAUGGUUUUGUUGCCUUCUUCACAGCCUGCAACAGGCAUCGCCUUAGCAUUUACAAUCAUAUACAGAAGUUUAUCCAAAGAUUAUUUGGCCAGGCCCAGAGAUCACAGCCUGCAGAUUCAAGACAUAGUAGACCGACAUAUGAGACUCAGACCACUUUGAGAAGAAAGGAGGAACGUUCACAUUAAGUGAAGUUCCAUCAUUUUUAGAAUCACACUAAAGAGAGAGGGUUCCUCCAUGCAAGGGUGCCAGUCUGUAUUGAGCACCAUUGACAAACAUAAUGGAGCUAACUUCAAAGAUAAUCGGGUGGAAAAAGCACCCACAUUUUACACGAUGAUUUGGUUGACAUGUUUACCGAAGUAUCACAGAUUUGGGCCCAUUUUUUUUUCGUUCUUUGAUUUUACAUUUAGAUUUCUCAAAAUUUUAGAUGUUCUUUUUAUUUUUUCCCCUCCCUAUUAUAGGUAUUUUUUUCCCAUUGUAUAUAAAAUUCAGAUUGUCUGGGCCAUAGUCAACUUAAGAGAAUGUAAAUUUUAUGUAUAGGCGGCUUGUAUAUUUCCAUCAAAGCUAUCAGUUGAUAUUUUUUUGGAUAUUUUGGGGAAGGGAGGAAGGGAUACAUGCCAUAACCGUUGGCAUUA